UAGGAGGACCAAAAGGGUAAUUAAAAUGUAACUAAGCCAAGAAGGAAUAAACAUGGAGAGCUGAGCUAGUUAGUGUGUUGGUGGGAAAGGGAGAACACCAAAUCGAAGAAGAAGAAGAAGCUGAUUUGCGACGAUGGUAGGUUUGAAGCAACUGAUACGACGACGUUUCAGUCUCAGAGAUUCCAUCGCAGCUUCACUACCCACCACGCAACACGAGAAGCUCCGUCACUCACUUCCUUCCCACCAUUUGGCUCGCCUCACCCCCAAACGCUUCCUCGAUUUGCACCAGCUUGGAAAUAGGGCAGCGAUUGAAAAGGAACGUGCUCGGCUUACAGAUGAAAUGAAUAGGGGAUACUUUGCUGAUAUGGCUGAAUUCAAGCAGCAUGGUGGUAAGAUUGCUGAAGCUAAUAAAGUGAUAAUACCCGCAAUGGAAGCUGUGAAGUUUCCGGAUUUCGAAGUCUGCUACUCGGAUGGUAAAACAAUGAAGCUUCCUUUCCGUCUUUGUGAUAAUGUAGUUGGCUCUGAUAAAUCUUCUGUCCCCAAGGCAACUUUGGUUUGUCUUUCAUUUCGAGCAAGCUCCCAGGAAAUGAUCAACUCUUGGAGCAGGCCUUAUGCUGAAGCAUUUAGCAAAUCCAAAGAUGUCCAUUUAUAUCAGGUAUCAUUUAUAGAUUCAUGGCUUUUAUGUCGGGGUCCUGUAAAGCGUUUCCUUCUCUGGACAAUGAAGAAACCUAAUCACAAUGAAAGCAAUGAUACACUUCAGAGGCAGACUGUGUAUUCAUUUGGUGACCACUAUUAUUUCAGAAAAGAACUAAAGAUACUGAAUCUCCUCACAGGGUAUAUCUUCCUACUAGAUAAUUUUGGUAGAGGAAGAUGGAAGGGGUCUGGAUUGGCAACAGAAGAUGAGCUGUCUUCCCUUUUUUCUAGCACAUCACUGCUUCUAGAUGAGUAAUGAGAGUUUGGGCAAUGGUUGACAUAAUUGGAUGCAAUUUUGACCAGUCUGUCGGACAUUUAUGGAGCUACAAUUUUGUGAGGGAUGGAAAGUGGAAACUGUAACCUAAGGAAACUACGUGAGGAUAAAAGUGUUUUUUCUUUUUCGGAAGUACAUAUAGUUUUUUUAACCAUAAAUUGAAAUUCAUUCAAAUAAAAGCACAUAGGAUUUUAGGAUAGUCAAUAGUAUUUGCUUAUAAUACGUAGCUUUACUCUCGACUUAAGAUUAUCCUUGACAAUGCAAUCUUUUGUAACGAUCACUACAUUAUGUGCUGAUGAAGAGGGUAUCACUUUUUAUGUCA